UUGCUAACGUGGCUCGGAGUGGGCUGCGCUUUCUUCACACACAAUAAAGGGAAGCAUUAGAAGGAAAACUGCGAGAUGAGGAGAGGAGGUGAAAGGGAGGGAGCAGGAGUGGGCAAAUGAGAGACCUAGCCUAUUGUGUAAGCAAGUGGACUUUGCGCUGGAGCAGAUGACCAGUCAGGAUUUGAAACUAAGAAACCUUUCUAACAAGCUUCCACAUUUCCAGCUGAGGAUUUAUUGAUUGGCGAUUGUUUUAAUGUUAUUAAUACCCUUGCCAUGCCAAUGGAAUUACUGUAUCUCGUCUCAAUUCUAAGUAAUUAAUCAGAUUUAAAUAUUGUUGAGUGCUUUCUAGACUUUUGCCCCUGGCUCCAAGGUUCUGGUUAUCACUUUGAGAAUGAAGCCCAUGCAAAGACUGUUUCAGCUGCCGGUGACUGCUGUGAAUCUGGUCAAAAACGCUCAGACACCAGAGGAAGCUAAAAGCCCGGUUUUGUCGCCCGAUGGCACACAGCAAACGUGGUAUAAUGCCUUGCAGUCGGACGAGCUGCGGCUGUUAAGAACGCCAGAUCAGGAGACGCCAUCGGACGAGACUACGGCCAGUAGCGGCCAAACUCAGCCACUGCGACACGAUGACUUGAAAGAAAUGCUGGACAGUAACAAGGACUCUCUGAAGCUGGAAGCUAUGAAGAGGAUUGUCGCUAUGAUUGCCAGGGGAAAGAAUGCUUCAGACUUGUUUCCGGCAGUUGUCAAGAAUGUGGCCUGCAAAAACAUUGAGGUGAAGAAGCUAGUGUACGUGUACCUGGUCCGGUAUGCAGAGGAACAGCAAGACCUGGCGCUGCUGUCCAUCUCCACCUUCCAGAGGGGGUUAAAGGACCCCAACCAGCUGAUCCGAGCCAGUGCACUACGAGUUCUCUCCAGUAUCAGGGUCACCAUCAUCAUUCCCAUCAUGAUGCUGGCCAUCAAGGAAGCAGCGUCCGACAUGUCCCCCUAUGUUCGCAAGACAGCUGCCCAUGCCAUCCCCAAACUCUACAGCUUGGACCCAGAUCAGAAGGACCAGUUGAUUGAAGUUAUUGAGAAACUCUUGGCAGACAAAACAACGCUGGUGGCGGGCAGUGUUGUGAUGGCGUUCGAGGAGGUCUGCCCCGAGCGGAUCGAUCUCAUUCACAAGAACUACCGCAAGCUGUGUAACCUGCUGAUCGACGUCGAGGAGUGGGGUCAGGUGGUGAUCAUCAACAUGCUGACCCGCUACGCCAGGACCCAGUUCCUCAACCCCAACCACAACGAGUCGCUGCUGGAGGAGAGCGCAGAGAAGGAGUUCUACGGCUCUGAUGAGGAGGAGAAGGAGGAAAAGGAUGAGAAGGAGGAGGCGGCUGCCCUGGCCAAAAGGAAGCCCUAUGUGAUGGACCCUGACCAUCGGCUGCUCCUGCGCAACACCAAGCCCCUGCUGCAGAGCAGGAACGCAGCGGUGGUGAUGGCGGUCGCUCAGCUCUACUUCCACCUGGCUCCAAAGGCUGAGGUCGGUGUGAUCGCGAAAGCCCAGGUGCGCCUGAUGAGGAGCCACAGUGAGGUCCAGUAUGUUGUUCUUCAGAAUGUGGCGACCAUGUCUAUCAAGCGCAGGGGAAUGUUUGAGCCAUACCUGAAGAGCUUUUACAUCCGGUCUACGGACCCUACCCAGAUCAAAGUGCUCAAGUUGGAGGUUUUGACCAACCUGGCGAACGAAACUAACAUCUCCAUCAUCCUAAGGGAAUUUCAGACCUACAUUAAGAGCAUGGACAAGGACUUUGUCGCCGCUUCCAUCCAAGCCAUCGGUCGCUGCGCCACCAACAUUGGAGAGGUGCGGGACACCUGCCUGAAUGGACUGGUGCAGCUGCUCUCCAACCGGGACGAGCUGGUGGUUGCUGAGUCCGUGGUGGUGAUUAAGAAGCUGCUGCAGAUGCAGCCCGCUCAGCACAGUGACAUCAUCAAGCACAUGGCUAAACUCACUGACAGCAUCCAGGUCCCUAUGGCUCGGGCCAGCAUCCUGUGGCUCAUAGGGGAAUACUGCGAACACGUUCCCAAGAUCGCCCCCGACGUGCUGAGGAAGAUGGCAAAGUCCUUCACCAACGAGGAAGACAUCGUCAAGCUGCAGAUCAUCAACCUGGCUGCCAAGCUGUACCUGACCAACUCCAAACAGACCAAACUCCUGACCCAGUAUGUUCUCAACCUGGCCAAGUACGACCAGAACUAUGACAUCAGAGACCGAGCGCGCUUCAUCCGGCAGCUGAUCGUCCCCACAGAGAAGAGCGGGGUCCUCAGCAAGUACGCCAAGAAGCUCUUCCUGGCCCUGAAGCCAGCACCUGUCUUUGAAUCGCCCUUUAAAGACCGGGACCACUUCCAGCUUGGCUCACUCUCCCACCUGUUGAACGCCAAGGCCACUGGCUAUCAAGAGCUGCCCGCCUGGCCAGACAUGGCCCCCGACCCAUCAGUGCGCAACGUGGAGCUAGAUGAAGUGAUCUCGCCGAGCGAGGGACGGAUCGGCUUGUUAGGAGACUGGCGAGAGGUUCCUGAAUGGACCAAGUGCAGCAGCCGCGAGAAGCGCAAGGAGAAAGUGGAGAAGCCAUUCUACUCUGAUUCUGAGGGAGGGUCUGGACCCACUGAAUCUGCAGACAGCGAGUCAGAGCUGGAGUUGGAGAGUGAAGGCGGCAGUGGGAGCGAGGAGGGCGGCUCUGGAUCAGGCAGCGAGGAGAGCGACGAGGGCUCCGAGUCUGAGAAAGAGAAAAAGAAGAAGCCUGAAAAGAUUAAAGUCAGGAAAACCCUUCCGGAGAGCGCAGAAAGUGAGCAGAGUGGAGAGGAGGAGAAGAGCGUGAGGAAGAGGAAGGAGAGGAACGCGAACUCUGAGUCUUCAUCUGAGGAAGAGGAGGAGAGCUCCUCUGAAAGCAGCUCCUCCGAGUCCGAGUCAGAAGAGGAAUCGGAGUCUGAGCCCGAGACCAAGAAGAAGAAGAAGAAGAUUUCACUUUCCAAACUGGCUCCUAAAGAACCCAAAAAAGAGGUCUCCCUCCUUGACUUGGAUGACUUCAUCCCCACCCCAUCCCCUCAGGUGACCCCCGUCAACAACAUUGUGUCCAACAGCUUGGCCACUGACUUGCAAGGGCUGUCCCUGACCGACAGCGCCCUCUCCCCGACGAUGAUCAGCCCCUCGUUCAGCUCCGUGAAGACCUACGAGCUUCUGCACCGCAUCACUGGGGAGGGCCUGGCGGUGGAGUACUGCUUCAGCCGCCAGCCCUGCAGCCUCGACCCGCACAUGGUGGCAGUGCAGAUCCAGUUCAGCAACAACACAGACACCGAGGCCAAGAGCCUGCGCAUCCAGGAGCCCAAGCUCAUGUCAGGCAUGAGGAUGCAGGAGUUCCCUGAGAUCGAGGUCCUGGCUCCUGGUGAAACAGUGACUGUCAUCAUGGGAAUUGAUUUCUGUGACUCCACGCAGGCUGCUAACUUCCAGCUGUGCACCCAAACCCGCAAGUUCUAUGUCUCAAUCCAGCCACCAGUGGGUGAGCUGAUGAUGCCUGCGUUCAUGAGUGAAAGCGAGUUCAAGAAAGAACAAGGUCAUCUGAUGGGAAUGAAUGAGAUCAGUGAGAAGCUGACCCUGGGAGAGAAAUGCCAGAGUGACCACGCUAUCGUCCAGAGAGUGACCUCGACUGCCAACCUGAGCCGGGUGCCCUGCGGGUCAGACAGAGAGUACAGAUUUGCUGCUAAGACGGUGACCAGUGGCAGCUUGGUGUUGGUUACCGUGGUGACGAAAGAGGGCAUGGCAGCCCAGCUGACAGUGAACUGUGAGAAAAUGGUGAUUGGCACCAUGCUGGUGAAGGACAUUCUUCAGGCCCUAUCACAGUGAUGGGACUGCGACUUUUAGCUGUACCACCUCCUUAGACUGCACCAAUCUGCUGUAAUACCCCUGUCCCUUUCCCCAAGUCUCUCCUUCAGCCAGAAAUCCAUGCUUGUCUUGGCCAUGGGAGAAUGAGUGAUGUUUGCAGAAUACUUGAGGCUCUUGCUUGCAUAACAUGUUUGCAGAAUUAGAUGGCAACGGGUUUGCAAGAUGUGUACAAAUGGAGCUCCAAGCAUUUCCAUAUAUAUUUUGAAUAUAUGGUGAAUAUGGUUCAUCUAUUUUGUGAAGCCAUGUUUUUUUUUUAUUUAUUAUAGGAGAGCUAACCAUUGCUUUAAAAUCAAAUGUAUGACCUCUUAGAUACAAUAACAUGGUACCCCUUUAAUUGUCAUGAUUAAUAUUAAUUCAGAAUAUGGAAUUCAUUCAAAUUUAAGGUUAUAGAUAAACUGGUACCUUUGCUGUAGGUGUGAUUGAAGCUUCACCAUUCUACUGAGUUUGUACUACAGCACUUAAAUUGAUUAGGUACCGGGAAGUGUCAGCCACUUUUCAUGCGUAGCAUUGUGAUUGAUAUCUCUGUUCACAAAGCUUGAACUCAUUUACAUGAUCUUGUACAAGAACAAAGAAAUGUCUAGCUUUAUUUAGAAAAACAAAGUAUAAACUACAGGUGUUCAAAACAAAGGUAACAGAAAGUUUAUCGCAUUGGGAAUUACACUCCAUUCAUAUAAAUGUCCACACACUUUAUAUUUCCAAAGCAAGGUUGUCUCACACCUAAACUCACACCACACAGGCUCUCACUUCUUACUGACACUACUGUUCUCAGACUGACCCUUUUCCCCCUGUUUAAAUCUUUCCAUUAAUUGAAUAAACACAGCUCCUAAUUGAUUUCACGUAUUUCUCAAAGUAAUAAUUACUGGAAAUUUCUCAACCCAAAGCUGGUGGUUUACUGGCCUCUCGUGGCCAAUCCCAGAACUACAGGCAACCGAGACAUCACCAAUCUAGGCUGCCAAGUUAUUGAAGAAGUCUGUUUUUAGAGUAAAAUCGAGUUUGAUAUUUAUGAAACUGUUCGGGACUCUCGUUGGUUUUAUUAACAGUAAAGAACAGUUUAAUAAAUAUUUAAUAAAACAUUCUUUAAACAACCCAUGUGUUAAAGCUUUGUGAAGAGAGCUCAUUCAUAUACGUAUGUUCUUAAAGCAUGGAAAUAGCAAACAUGUUACACCCUUCGAAGAUGUUUUCUAAAGUUUGAUGACUGUAGAAAGAGAGCAAGUAGAACAAAAAUGAAAUGGCAAUGAUUUUGAUUUCUUUAACACAUCAUUGAUUGUACACAUUGACAUUGUUUAUUUUCCCAGGCAAAAAGGCAUUGGGCAUGUUAGUCACAGCUGAAGGAGUUUAGUGUAAUCACCUCUGCGAUUGUUCCUGGUUUCCUUUCUGACUAGCGUGAAUGUAGCCUGUAUUAAUGGGAUAGACUGAUACCACCAACCACCUUGUUGAUUACCAAAGUGUAUGGAGCCCUGCUGACCAAACCUGGAAAUCACCAUUCAUUUAAAGAGGAAACAACCAAAACCUUUCACCUUUCAAAACCUUUUCACAUUUCCACACCAAGAAUCUGCAAAUAAAUAAAAUUAUAUAUAUAUAUAUAUAUAUAUAUAUAUAUAUAUAUAUAUAUAUAUA